CUCCAACAGCACAGAGCGGUACCCAUGACGGUGGGUGCUGGCGGGCGCGGCCAUAGACAGGCGGAAGUGUGGGCAGAGCGUCCCGCUGGCAGGACGGCACCAUGGCCUCCCGCGGGGGUCCCCGGGCCACCGGCACUGAUGGCAGUGACUUCCAACACCGGGAGCGUGUGGCCUCACACUACCAGAUGAGUGUGACCCUCAAGUCAGAGAUCAAGAAGCUGAUCUACACACACGUGGGCAUCUGGCUGCUGCUGAUGGCCCAGAUGUGCGUGGGACAUUUCAAGCUGCUGCCCCACGACCAGGUGGCCAUGCCCUACCAGUGGGAGUACCCCUACCUGCUCAGCAUCCUGCCCUCCCUCCUGGGCCUUCUCUCCUUCCCUCGCAACAACAUCAGCUACCUGGUGCUCUCCAUGAUCAGCACUGGUCUCUUCUCCAUGGCUCCCCUCAUCUACGGGGCCAUGGAGAUGUUCCCCAUGGCACAGCAGCUCUACCGGCAUGGCAAAGCUUACCGCUUCAUUUUCGGCUUCUCCGCUGUCUCCAUCAUGUACCUGGUGGUGGUGGUGGCCGCCCAGGUGCACGGCUGGCAGCUCUACUACAGCAAGAAGCUGCUGGACUCCUGGUUCACCAGCACGCAAGAGAAGAAGAAGAAAUGAAGUGGGAACCAGGGUGGGCUCUGGGAGGGCUGGAGCUCCUCAGCCGGGCCCUGUGGGGUGGUGCUGGCGCGGCUCCAGCGUGCGGGGUCCCAUGGGGACCAGAGUGCGGGUCUGAGCUGCUCCACAGCUCUGGGCUCGCGUGGGGGAGGGGGGCGGCUCCCGGAUCGUGGAGGGUCCCGGCCGCUCCCCUUCUCCUCCCUCCACAUUGUUGUUCUAUGGAAAUAAAUCACCCUCCGCGCUCC